GCGUUAUGAAUCAAGUGGUAAGGAAUAUUUAGAUCCAUCGAUACCAUUCUUGCAAAAUCCAAAGAAAAAACGUGGAAAAGGGUGUUCAAUAGGCACCAAGAGAUUUAAAUCAGCUUGUGAAACUCCUAAAUCUAAUGCAAAGGGUCAAUGA